UGUUUGAGCGCCGGUAGCAAACACACCCCUUCUUCUACUUCUUCUUCUUCUUCUGUUUUCAUCAAAAUAUCCCAGAGCAAGUUGUUCAGCACACUUUGCGCCCCGACUUCUUGCGUUGCUGAAAUUUGCCAGCGUGACUUUUGUUGCCAUGACGACUGGCAGGUCUUCUACUUGAUAAUGGGGAGACCAGAUUUCCGUAAAGGCGACAAAAACAUUUUCACUCAUGGAUGCGGUAUUUCAAGCUCUACGCUGUGUUUAUGUGGCACAUACACAACAACACCACUAUUGUGUCGAUUAUACAAUGAAUCCUUAACAUUGAUAUUCUGAAUUUGCCCAUUCGAACCAAUUCUCCCAUCUGAAAUAUUGCUUUGGCGCCAUCUUGUGGCAUCUAUUAGCAAGUACAAGCAUUUUUCAGUGGGCAUGAAUCCCUCGUGGAUUUUCACUGAACUCGGCAUAGCUGUCCUCACUGCGUCCGCAUCUUAUCCGCAGCUGACGCGGUUCACCUGAUGCUAAUCUGCGCAUCCAACGCACCUCACUGCAGCUCUGCUUACCUUUUGGCUUUGGCAUGAUAGCAGGGUGUCGUACUUAUGGCGGACGCGUGUGUUUUUGCGAGAUGAUUCGAGAUAGUGCCAGAUAAAUGUGGCUAAAUCCCCUAAUUGACGUGUGUUGUGUGUGUGGGGGGGGGGGUGUAGACUUUUUAUAGCUAUUAUAUUUGCUAGGGCGUGGUGGAUCAGCUGGUAAAGCCUUGGCCUCACAAUUCUGAUUCUCUAAAUUGCCCCUCGGUGUGAUUGUGACUGCGACGUUUUGUCUCUAUGCGUCCUGCGAUUGACUGGUAACCGGUUCAGGGUGUACCCCACUUCCUGCCCGUUGACAGUUGGGAUAGGCUCCAGCACUCCCUGCGAUCCUUGUGAGGAUACGCGGUUAAGAAAAUGGAUGGAAGGAUUUGAGACUGUCAGGUAAAUGUAGCUAAAUCCCCUAAUCGACCUGGGGAAUGUGCUAAGGUUGGGGUGUGUAGACUUUUUAUAGUUGUUAUAUUUGCUAGAAAACUUUCUUUAAUACAACAAAAUGCUGCCAAACCCUGCAUAGGAUGCGGGAAUGUAGUAUCUAGUAAAAGAAGUAUGUUGAAGUGAUGCAUCGGUACUCUUCUAUGAGCUUUCAAAAUUUUCUGACUUUGGCUUGGGUUGUUACUGGAAAUUAUGGAUAGUCUUUGCUGGACUUUGGUUUUUGCAGUGCUGAGCGGCUAUUCAAAUACCAAAUUAAAAGAGUCGUAGGCUAUUUAAUUUUGUUAUGUACAACAUUCGGUACACUUGCAAGCCUUGGUAGCAGGAAACCAACACUGCGUGUAUUCGGCAAGUACUUUUAUGGCGCAAUGUGCGCUUUGCUCACUCGAGUCCGGAAGCGUUUCGCAGGUCUCGCCGACAAGGAGGGAACAGAAGGACCGCCACCUUCGUGCCACCUCCCCCAUAAAUGCGCGUUCAAUGUUCUGCGCGAUUUCAUAUUCAUGUGACACCGCUUGUUUAUCAUCCCGCACUGAUAUGCAGUUACUACACCAUCUCGCUCCAUGGUAUACUUUUCAUGAAAAUGAUAUACACAGAGGCGGCACGGUGGAUCAGCAGUUCUGAGGUCCUGGGAUCGAUCCCCGACCCGCCUGUGUGGAAUUUGCAUGUUCUCCCCGUGCCCGUGUGGGUUUUCUCCGGGAAGUCUGUUUUCCUCCCACAUCCCCCCCAAAAACAUGCGUUAAUUGGAGACUCAAAAUUGCCACCAGGUGUGAUCGUCAGUGUCUCCAUGUGCCAAAUUUUCUAUCCGCUAGCAUGGUGACGUUAGCAUUCAGUUUUUAGCACCGCUUCUAGAAAUGAAAUACAAGUUAAAUAAAUAAUGGAAAUGAAGCAUAUAAUAUGGUUCGUGAUAAAAUUAAACAAGUUCAUUUAAAUAAAUAUAUGGAAAAAUAAAAAUUCACAAAUGUUUACUGAAAUAAAACUCAAUAAAUAUAUUGAAAAUUAAGACUAAAGUGUACAUACCUGGGCGGCACGGUGGAUCAGCUGGUAAAGCAUUGGCCUCACAGUUCUGAGGACCUGGGUUUGAGCCCGGCCCCGCCUGUCUGGAGUUUGCAUGUUCUCCCCUGUGCCUGCGUGGGUUUUCUCUGGGCACUCCGGUUCCCUCCCACAUCCCAAAAACAUGCAACAUUAAUUGGACACUCUAAAUUGCCCGUAGGUGUGAUUGCAAUUGUUUGUGUCUAUGUGCCCUAUGAUUGGCUGGCGACCGGUUCAGGGUGCACCCCGCCUCCUGCCCGUUGACAGCUGGGAUAGGCUCCAGCACUCCCAGCGACCCUCGUGAGGAUAAGCGGCAAAGAAAAUGGAUGCAUGGAUGGAUAUAUACGAACACAAAACCCAAAAAAAAAAAAGCCAUUAAAAAUGUGUAGCUCGUUUCAGAAUAUGGGUCAUGUAAUCACCAAAACAAUUACAAAUGUAACCUUAAACUACUGUAUAGAAGAGCGAUGAUAAUAUCAUAUCUAUUGGAAAAAUGUGCAAUGCGGCAACACCGCCACUUCAAUAUGAGUGGUCUUGUUUUCACAAAACUCACUACUUCGCUGCAGUGUAAAAGUUCACGCACCCCCACGACCCAAAGGUGCCGCACACCUGUUGACACGAAUUCCGUGGUUUGCACCGCUUCUGGCUUGUUCUGGUCCCCCUCCCGCUCUGCAUGCGCCGCGCAGGAGGGGGGUCCCCAGGGACCCGCGGAGCACGUGGUCCGCGCCGCCACGAGACGUCAGCGGCAGAUGGCACCACCAGCGCCACGCAUAGCGGCUGCUGGCAUCGGUGGCAGACGCUCCCGCGGAAAGGAGGAGGAGAGAGGAAGGCUGAGAGUCUUCUUGUCCUUAGUGCCAUCGUAUUUUUUGGGGGGGUGCAGAGCGAGAGGAGCUUUGGGAAGAUGCGAGCUGCACGCUGAGCCCCCUCCCUGCAUGAGUUCUGGGUGCUUUCGCGAAGGUGCCUGCCAGCGACUUUUCCUCAUGGGAGGAAGUACAGGAUAAUUAAGACGCGCAGGCGAUGUGCGAGCCACGCUUUGGUGCCGGGUACCCCCGCGCAGGUGCCCCCGAGGAUCGACCCUCGCCUCGCCUGCGCCACCUCCGGGCCGCCGCCGACGACGAUGAAGACGACGACGACGACGAGGAGCCCUGCAGGUCCGCCGGGGACGACGCCGCCUCCUCCGACCGGGACUACGAGCAGGACGACAGCGGCCUCCUCCGCAAGAAGCGCGCCCCCCGCAAGAAGAAGGCCACCAAGGAGCCGCACGACCGCUCCAGGCUGCGGCGGCAGGAGGCCAACGCCCGGGAGAGGAGCCGCAUGCACGGCCUCAACGCAGCCUUGGAGAGCCUCCGCAAAGUGGUCCCCUGCUACUCCAAAACGCAAAAGCUCUCCAAAAUCGAGACCCUGCGCCUGGCCAAGAACUACAUCUGGGCUUUGUCGGAGACCCUGAGCGCCGGGAAGAGACCCGACCUCCUGGCUUUCGUGCAGACCCUCUGCAAAGGAUUAUCGCAGCCCACCACCAACCUGGUGGCCGGCUGCCUGCAGCUCAACGCCCGCAACUUCCUCAGCGACCACAACGGGGAGCUGGUGUUCUCCGGGCGGCCUCCCUACGACCCGCUGUACUCCUCCGCCGCCUACCCGGGCCCCGAGGGGAGCGCGCCCGCCGGGCACGGCGGCUCGGGUCCGCCGGACCCGGCCAAGCCCUUCCGCCACUACGGCUACUCCGGCACCUACGAGCCGGCCUAUGGGUCCCCGGAGGCCGGCAGCCCGCACUUCGAGAGCCCGCUGAGUCCGCCCGUCAACCUGAACGGCAUUUUCUCCUUCAAGCACGACGAGCCGCCGGACUACGGCAAGGGGGGCCAUCACUACGGUGUGCGCUACUGCGGCGCACCCGGACGCGCGGCCCUGGCGCACGGCUCCGUGUACCGGGUGGCCCCGGAGGGCCGCUACCCGUACGACCUGCAAGUCCGCGGCCAGUCUUUCCAAGCGCAGGGCGAGCUCAACGCCCCCUACCACAAUUAAGAUAUAUAAACUCUCGUUUUGACACCCCCCCGCC